CCCGGCGAGACGGGGCGAUGUCGGACACAUGGAGCUCGAUCCAGGCUCACAAGAAGCAGCUGGACUCGUUGCGGGAGCGGCUGCAGCGAAGGCGAAAGCAGGAACCUUUGGAUCUCAGAAAUCCAGAGUUGGCGCUCACUCCUCCCUUCAGAAGUGACAGUCCUGUGCCUUCCUCUGCCACCCCCAGCACUGCCACUGAGCCAGGGGACUUGGUGACUGACCCGGAGCUUGAGAAAAAACUUCUGUAUCACCUUUCGGAUCUGGGACUGGCAUUGCCCACAGAUGCUUUGUCUAUCUGCCAUGCCAUCUCCACACCCGAAGCCCCUGCCACGCAGCGGAGCGUGGAGAGCCUUCUGCAGAAAUUCGCAGCUCAGGAACUCAUCGAAGUCAAACGGGGCCUCCUCCAGGACGACGACCAGCCCAUGCUGGUUACUUACGCCGACCACUCCAAGCUCUCUGCCAUGAUGGGUGCCGUGGCUGAGAAGAAGGGCCCAGCAGAAAGUGUCGGGGCUGGAGGUGUGAAACGGUGGGCAGAGCAGGAUGCCGGGGUUCCCGCCUCCACGCCUGGGGCUGUUCCCUCAGCCUUGGCAUCUUCAGAGCCAGUCAAAGAGCCCCCCAAGAAAUCUCGCAAGCAGGCUUCGGACCUUGACCUGGAGAUCGAGAGCUUGCUGAGCCAGCAGUCCACUAAGGAACAGCAGAGUAAGAAGGUGAGCCAGGAAAUCCUGGAGCUGCUCAACACGACCACGGCCAAAGAGCAAUCCAUCGUGGAGAAGUUCCGCUCACGGGGCCGCGCCCAGGUGCAAGAAUUCUGCGACUACGGCACCAAGGAGGAGUGCAUGAAAGCCAAUGACGCCGACCGGCCCUGCCGCAAGCUCCAUUUCCGACGCAUCAUCAACAAGCACACAGACGAGUCGCUGGGCGAUUGCUCGUUUCUCAACACGUGCUUCCACAUGGACACCUGCAAAUACGUGCACUAUGAGAUCGACGCCUGCACCGACCUAGACGCCCCCAGCGGGCGGGAGCUCAACUCGGGCCAAGAGCUGGCCCUCCCCCAGGCAGUGGGAAGGGACUCCAGCGUGGACCGCCUCUUCCCCCCGCAGUGGAUUUGCUGUGACAUUCGCUACCUGGACGUCAGCAUCUUAGGCAAAUUUGCUGUGGUGAUGGCCGACCCGCCCUGGGACAUCCACAUGGAACUGCCGUACGGGACACUCACAGACGACGAGAUGAGGCGCCUCAACAUCCCCGUGCUGCAGGACGAGGGCUUCCUCUUUCUCUGGGUCACUGGCCGGGCCAUGGAGUUGGGCCGAGAAUGCCUCAGUCUGUGGGGGUAUGAGCGGGUGGACGAGAUCAUCUGGGUGAAAACCAACCAGCUGCAACGCAUCAUCCGGACUGGGCGCACAGGCCACUGGUUGAACCAUGGCAAGGAGCACUGCUUGGUCGGUGUGAAAGGGAACCCCCAGGGCUUCAACCGGGGUCUUGACUGUGACGUCAUCGUGGCAGAGGUACGCUCCACCAGCCACAAGCCGGAUGAGAUCUACGGCAUGAUCGAACGCCUCUCGCCGGGCACGCGGAAGAUUGAGCUCUUUGGUCGCCCCCACAAUGUCCAGCCCAAUUGGAUCACCCUCGGCAACCAGCUGGAUGGAAUUCACUUGCUGGACCCUGAUGUGGUGGCCCAAUUCAAGCAACGGUACCCAGAUGGAGUCAUCUCAAAGCCCAAAAAUAUGUAGCUGGGGAGGGACGGUUUGAUACCCACAGAACAAGGACUAUUUGUUUCGAGAGGCAAUGUUUGCAUGUAUUCUAAACUUUAGUUUUUUAAUAAAAUGGGUACUUUUUCCUUA